AUGGACAAGCUAGUGAAACUAUGCAUGUCCGCGACCGACUCGAUUGCUGCGGCGAUCGACCCUCAUUGGAAGGAAACGGUGAAAAGGCUGGGUUUGCCACAGUCCCAUGACCAGUUGUCUACUUACCUCGCGAGAUCGUCACGUCUGCUCGGAGAAGUUCAGACGUACCGCUGGCAUCCCGGACCCGGCAAAGGGAAGGACAAGGGCCACUGGCACCUGUUCGCACCCAGUCAAGAGGACUGCAAGUCCACUCCGUGCCCCGGGUGCGAAGACCGGCCAGGCAGGCCAGCGUGGCGAGACUGCCCGGAGCACCAGGAAAAGUGCCCCGACUGCGGAUUCUUGCGGCGGGAUGCCUUUGAACUCCCCUUCAUCUCCCCCGAGCUCCAUGCUCGCGCAAAGCUAACCACGGUCGAGGGGUGCAAGGAUGCCACGGUCAGGGGGGCUUGGGGGGAGCGAGAUCACUGGUUGGGGAAACCGAAAGGGGCGGUACACGAGCCGCAAUUUGAAGUAUGGGACGGGGAACGCUGGCGAGACGACUCGGCUUUCUUCGACCCGCAAUCCAGCUUUCUCCUUCCGUUGAAGUGCGAGGAGUGCUGCAAAACCCGGAGCGUGUAUUGCGCCCAAAACUUCAGACCCCCGUGGUUCACCCGCCCUACCCCCGAGAUGUGGUGUGCGGAACGGAAGCGGUUCGAAGCUCGGUGUCCGAUCUGCAAGGGGGCAAUCGUUGCAACUUUGGAGGAGCUCCAAAGACGGGGGGAUCCAAGAAACCUGAAGCUCGGACUUCACUUGGACGGGUUUCCAGCGGCGACCACGUCCAACAAGUCAAGCUGCAUCAUGGACCUCUUCCCGAUGACGGUCUCGAAGCUGACCCUGCACAAGGGAGCGGAGGACUGGCUGUGGCCUGUCAUGUACCCCCAGAAGAUGCAAAUAGUCGCCGGGCCGGACAGCUAUGAUGCUUUCAUGCUGGUCCUUGUCCUCGACGCCCUGAGGCUGUUCAUUGACGGCGUCGAGAUUGACUACGCCCUUCUCCCCGAGGAGAUCAGCCCCCAUCUCCCCCCCCGGAGAGGACCGGUUAAGAUUCGGAUGAUGGUCUCGAGCGUUUUCUCCGAUCUUCCGGCGCUCGCGGACAUGCUCAAGUUCAAGCUGGGGGGGUUCCACGCGUCCAGAUCCUGCAAGCACGUCGGCGGCUACGUCGACGGAAAGCUGGUCUACACGGACGGCCGCCGACUCGCCCGCGACGGUUGCGAGCCAAAGAAAAUGGACGAGGUGGCGGCGGCCAUGCUGGAGCACCUGGGGGCGGAAACGAAAGCCGAGCGGACUGAGAUCGGGCACCGGACAGGCGUGAUCGGGUUCAGCAUGCUGCUGAUCCUGUCGGCGGCAUUCUGUCUGCACCUCGUGCAUGACGUAUGCAGCGACUUCCUGCACUGCGGGCCGGAAAACCUCUGCAAGCAUCUGGUCCGCGACCUGCUGUACGGAGUGAGCCGGAAGCAGGGGGAAACUACGACGAUCGUCGAACCCCCUCGGGCGGAUCUGAAAGAGUUCGGGAAGCGGUUAGCGGGGAUCAAGCCAACGAGAAAGCUCGCCAGCGGCCGGUGGCCCGCGGACCCGGCAAAGCGGCCCCUCGGCUGGUGGAAGGCCGACGAGCACAUGAAGGCGGCGACCGUGUGCUUCGUCACCGCCUUUGCGGGCAUCACCGACCCGGAAGCCUACGCGGUUGUCCAGCUCGUGGCCUGCAUCCACACGCUGGUGUUCGUCGUCGGCACGAGGGGCGGGUGGACGGCCGAGCUGGCGCACUUGUUUCGGCAGCUGUGCAGGGCCAAGCUGGUCCGCGCCGAGGAGGACGCGCUCCCCAAGCUGCGACCGCUCGAGCACGAGACGUGCCUGCACAUGCCGGCAAACGUCCGGAUGCACGGCCCCCCCGACGCGUACUGGUGCUACGCGCAGGAGCGAUACAUCCGGAAGCUGGUAAACACGCCCAAUAACGGAAAGCAGAUAGAGACGACCCUCCACGGGCGGACCUUGGCCGCUCUCACGGUCGGGUGGCUGCAGCGCCGCCGACGAGAAGAGCAGCUUCGCGCGGCCGGCCGGACGACGGGCGACGAGUCGUGGGAGCGCGCGCGCGCGCGCGUGGCGGACGGAGUCCUCUUUGCCGCGUCGCAGCAGGAGGCCCGGGGCUACUUGACGGUGUUGGAGCGCGAGCCGCCACGCGACGGGAGGCCGUCGGACGAGCGGCUUUUAGCGAGCAUGCGAACGGAGGGUGUGGCAAUCGGUCAGCUGCCGGAAAAUUGGGAGCGGCGGUCCUUCAUGCGCCUCGAAAACCCGCAGCGGCUGGCCGUCGAGAAGAUUCUCGACAAGGAGGCACGGGGUGCGGGGCAGAACGGGGUCCGCACCGUCCGGUUGGAAGCCGGUACUGUCAAACGGGUGAAGAGCAUUCAGCUGGGGGAGAACAACUUUGCGGUUGGCGACUUUGCGGUGCUGCGACCGGAAGCCGCGGGCGGAUUGGACGAGUACGUGCUGGUGGACUCGUUUUUCACAGCAAAGCCGCUGAACGGUCCCCGGCGGGUCUUUGUCCAAUUUUCAGCCUUUCAAACCCAAAAAGACGGGGUAACCGGGGAACCUCUCGGCGGGAGCCACCACAACUGUCUCAUGCUGGACCCCCUUGAGCAAGACCAGGAGCGCGUCCGGCUGGCUAGGGACCUGCAUCGGCACUUUGUUCCCUACCCCACUCCCGGCGAGACCGUCUUCACCGGGAGCAGCCACGUCAUCGAGGUGGCGCAGAGCGGGUUCGGGUUCGAUGCGCACGACGUAUGGGUGCCGGUUUACCCCCGGGUUGGGGACGUGGUGCGGCUGGCGGUCCGUGAGCCUCCGGAAGUCCGCCAAGAGGGCGUCGAGGGGCAGUGGGGAUACGGAGUGCCGUACGACAUCCUGAAGUCCGUACGGCCUGACUUUUCUCUCUCGUACGCGCUGGUCAAGCAAGUGAGCAGCGGCCAGGGGAGGAUGGCCGUCGUGCAGUGGCUGCGGCGCUCGGAACCCGCUGCAUCAGACGGGGAGGAAAGCGAUUGGACGCUGUGGCCUAUAGCCGGGCGCACGGCGAUGGACGUAGAUGACGUCAGUGGGAGCGAACUCAGUGAGAGCGAGGACGAAAGCGCGGGCGAGUUCGAGCUCAAGCGAGUCACCUGGAACUCGAUCAUUGACGUCGUGGAGGCGGUCACAACGGUCGAGGACGAAAAAGGGACAGUGUUCCGCUUCAAGACGCUGCCGCCCGAAACCGGAACCGGAAACGGAACAGAGAGCGGAACCGAAUCGGAUGCCGGAAGUGAAACGGGACCGAAGCGGAGUCGAAAGCUGAAUCAGAACCGAAAGUGGCACGGGAACUGGAAACGGAACGGUGAAGCAACGGAGGAGGUGGGGAAGACUGGAGGGAAGAUUGGACCUCGACCAUCGGUGCACUGUCUACCGCUUCUGGACGUGCCCGCCCGUGCGGGUCCGCAUCUAGAAUGGACGAGCUUUCAUAAGAAAGGCAUCGGCCUGCCGAUCGAAAGAACGGAGGCUCUCCCGUGGCGUCCUGAGGACUGGGUUCGCGCGGACAACAUGGAGACGGGCAGCGAGUACGAACGCGCAUUCCCUGCAGAGCAAGCGGCCGACCCUGGGAACGACGCAUGGGACAGCGAGAGCGACGGCGAUGUGUUCGAGUAG